GCGAGCGCGGCGUGACUCUCUCGGCGGGACAGAAGCAACGGGUGGCCAUCGCUCGGGCGCUGAUCAAAAACCCCAAAAUCCUGAUCCUGGACGAGGCCACCAGCGCUCUGGAUGCCGAGUCGGAGCACGUGGUCCAGGAGGCCUUGAACCGGGCCGCGGCCGGACGCACCGUGCUAGUCAUCGCUCACCGGCUUAGCACCGUCAAGGACGCCUCGGUCAUCGUCGUGUUGUCCAAGGGCCGCGUGGCCGAGGCCGGGACCCACGCAGAACUCUUACGCAAAGGCGGCAUCUAUGCAGAGCUUUUCCACCGGCAAGCCAAGGACCUCUGAAGGAGGAACCCACGCCGGUGGGUUUUGCCGGAUUCGGAGCCCGUUUCCCCGUUAUUUUUCUCUUUUUCCUCGCUGCCCUCUUCGGCUCCGUCUCCAGCCUCACCCCAAGAUGGUCGCUCAGGAAAGGCCCAGAGCCCGUUGCUCUGGGAUGCCAUGUUGUCGGUUUUUCAGGGACCGCGGCUUUUCCUCUUUUUUCCCCACAGGGGAAGGAAAGCCACGUGCAAUUUGGACACUUGAAUUUUAUUUUUUUAUUUUUUUUCAAAUACAGCCUUUUUGGGGGGCUUGGACCGACGUUGUGUUGCCUUUGCUUUUGUGCGUGUGUGUAUGUGUGUGUGU